ACUUCCCGCUGUCAAUUCACCUCUUCCCAAUUACCCCUAUCUCUCUUGCUAACAAGAAAACAGAUGAAGCUGAUGAAAUCAUCCACCACGGGCUUCCUCGCAGUACCUCUGCUGGCGGCGCUGCUGCUGCUGGCGCCCAGGGACGUGGGGGCGGUCACGUGCGUGGCAUCAGAGCUGGCCUCGUGCUUGCCAGCAAUGACAUCACCAGCAGCUCCGACGACGGAGUGCUGCACAAAGCUGAAGGAGCAACAGCCCUGCCUCUGCGGAUACCUAAAGGACCCGACCCUUAGGAUGUACUGGAGCAGUCCCAACGCCAAGAAGGUCGCCAACACUUGCGGCAUUCCCUACCCUAUCAAGUGUUAGUAAAUGAAUGAGCCUAAUAAAAAGAGGAACAUGGUAUUAGUAGUACGUAGCAAAAAAUGUCAUGGCCGAGUGUUGUAUGAUAUAUGAUGAUAUCAUGAUACGGCUUGCCCGUACAUCAAUAAAUUAUAUUUUUUGAUGGAA